AUUCAUCUAAUUAGAUAACCUCACAAUUUCUUCUUCGAGGGUGGAAGUAUUCUGUUUAUAAAAUCAUUGUAAUUACUUUUAUACAGAAAUAACUCAAAAAUAUUCAUUGUUUAUAAAAAUAAAGUAGUUAAUCUAGAUAUAGGUCCGACUACAUUUAUUAGUGAAGUGAAAACUAAGUUUUAUAUAAAUGUCUUCACCAAGAGCUCCAGCAACUCCUAAUCAGGAAAAUGUAUCUCAAACACUGUCUAGACGAGAUCAAGAAUCUCCUUCGUCUGAUUUUGUUACAACCCCUAUGCGUUGGGGAAGACCUGAAAACGAAAAUGUAGUAAAUACUAAUGCAACCUCUCCUAUUCCAAGUAUUGUUCCCACUAGUCCUGCAGCAGGUUUUCCAAUUAAGAAUAUUGACUUAAGUUCACCUUUAAAUUAUGGUACACCUAGUUCAUUGGGAUCUGUAGGACCAAGGUCAGGUAUAAGAGGUACCCCUAUUAGAAUGAGAUCUGAUAUUAGAACAGAUAAGAGAAUAAGACAGGUUAACGUUGGUUCAGAAGGGUUAGAUGGCAUUCCUGAAAGUCAGGAAUCAACAGAUAGUCCUGCUCCUCAUUUAAUUAUUUGGGGAACAGAUGUAUCAGUUGCCCACUGCAAGGAUCGAUUUAAACAGUUCAUUUUACGAUACAUCGAUCUAACAGCGGAAGAAGAUGAAGUGUCGGAAAGAACGAAUUUAAAUGAACCUUUGUAUUUGCAAAAACUUGAGGAAAUACACACUUUAGAAGAACCAUUUUUAAAUGUAAACUGCCUUCAUAUAGAAACCUUUGACGCCAAUCUUUAUCGUCAAUUGAUUUCCUAUCCGCAAGAAGUUAUUCCCGUGUUUGACAUGAUCGUAAACGAAAUGUUUUACGAACGCUUCCCCGCAGCAGUUUUGGAACAUCAGAUACAAGUGCGACCAUAUAAUGCUAAAAAGACGAGAAACAUGAGAUCCUUAAAUCCCGAAGACAUUGAUCAAUUGAUAACUAUAAGCGGCAUGGUUAUAAGAGCUUCGAAUAUAAUUCCGGAAAUGCGUGAGGCGUUUUUCAAAUGCAUAGUUUGUUCUUUUACUACUACUGUUGAGAUAGAUAGGGGACGUAUAGCAGAACCCACUCUUUGCAGUAACUGCAACACCAACCACUGUUUUACCCUCAUCCAUAACAGAUCACAAUUUACUGAUAAACAAAUGAUUAAACUACAGGAAUCUCCAGACGACAUGCCAGCAGGUCAAACACCUCAUACUGUUGUUCUUUUUGCACAUAACGAUUUGGUUGACAGCGUUUCUCCCGGCGAUAGAGUCACUGUAACGGGAAUAUAUCGUGCUCAAGCUCUGCAAGUUAAUCCCCGAAUGAGGAACCUACGUGCCGUUUACAAGACUCAUGUUGAUGUUUUGCACUUCAGAAAAAUUGAUUCUAAAAGGCUUUACGAACAAGAAGAAGGAAAAGAUCAUAUGUUUUCACCAGAAAGGAUUGAACUUCUUCAAUUGUUGUCUCAAAAACCAGAUGUCUAUCGACGUCUGGCACGAUCCAUAGCGCCUUCAAUUUACGAAAACGACGAUAUAAAAAAAGGAAUCCUCUUGCAAUUGUUUUGUGGAACAAAGAAAAAGUUCGCUACAUCUGGCCGAACAAAUUUCAGAUCGGAAAUAAACAUUCUUCUCUGUGGAGAUCCAGGCACGUCCAAAUCCCAGCUGUUGCAAUACGUCUACAAUUUGGUCCCAAGAAGUCAGUAUACAUCUGGCAAAGGAUCGUCGGCGGUGGGACUUACUGCUUAUGUUACAAAAGACACCGAAACCAGACAGUUAGUAUUACAAACUGGGGCUUUGGUGUUAGCAGACAAUGGUAUUUGUUGUAUUGACGAAUUUGAUAAAAUGAACGAUUCAACCAGAAGUGUAUUACAUGAGGUGAUGGAACAGCAAACGUUAAGUAUCGCAAAAGCAGGGAUUAUUUGUCAGUUAAAUGCUCGUACAUCGAUAUUGGCGGCUGCAAAUCCCUCCGAAUCACAAUGGAACAAAAAUAAAACUAUAAUAGAAAAUGUUGAAUUACCUCACACAUUAAUGUCCCGUUUCGACCUGAUAUUCCUCAUAUUGGACCCUCAGAAUGAAGCGUUUGAUAGGAGACUUGCUCGUCACUUAGUAUCUUUAUAUUACAAAUCAAAAUCAGGAGAAGACGAUGACGUAUUGGAUAUGUCAAUAUUAAGAGAUUACAUAGCGUACACCAAAGAAAACAUACACCCAAAACUAAGCGAAGAGGCCCAACAAAAACUGAUACAGGCCUAUGUAGAUAUGAGAAAAAUAGGAUCUGGACGGGGCCAAAUCUCUGCUUAUCCAAGGCAACUGGAAUCUCUCAUACGAUUAUCAGAAGCUCAUGCUAAAGUGCGUUUUUCAAAUAUUGUCACAGUAGAAGAUGUCGACGAAGCUUACAGACUUCAUCGGGAAGCCCUAAAGCAAUCAGCUACAGAUCCUCUUUCUGGUAAAAUAGAUGUUGGAAUUUUAACUACUGGCUUAAGUAGUGCAGCACGUAAACGAAGAAUUGAAUUGGCAGAAGCUGUUAAGAAACUGAUCGAUUCUAAUAAAGGCAAAGUACCAGUGCUUCAGUUUCAAAAACUGUACCAAGAAUUAAGAGAAAAUUCUUCCUUGAAUAUAAUCCGUGAACAAUUUGAAGAUGCCCUAAAAGAUUUACAAGAUGACGGUCAUAUAAUCGUCAUGGGUAGAAACACGAUAAGGAUUUGUUAAAAUUUGUUCCUUUUGUUAUGUAAAAAACUAUAACAUUAGCACCAAUAACAAAUAAUGAGAUAAUUUA